AUGGCGGCCUUCAAACCAGCACUGAUCGUGGUCGACUUCCAAGAGGACUUUUGUCCGCCAAACGGUUCCCUGGCGGUGCAAGGUGGCAGAGACAUCGCAGAUUCUGUGAAUGCGCUGCUCUCGCUCCCAUUUGUACUCAAGAUUGCAACGAAGGACUGGCACCCGCCGUCGCACGUCUCGUUUGCAGCAAACCAUGAUGGCAAGCAGCCCUUUACGGAUUACAUUACGAUAACCAACCCGGCCAAUUCCAAUGAGACCUAUGAGACUCGUCUCUGGCCUGUCCACUGUGUGCAAGGCACUCCAGGAGCGGAACUAGUCCCUGAAUUGGAGGCGGGCAAGGUUGAUAAGAUCAUUGAGAAGGGACAAGACGACCGGGUGGAAAUGUACAGCCCGUUCUACGACCCGUUUCAGGAGCCGAGGGGGUGUGACAGCGGACUGGCGGGCACGCUGAAAGACGCGGGCGUGACUGAUGUCUACGUUGUGGGACUGGCUGCCGACUACUGCGUGUUGAACUGCGCCGUGGACGCUGCAAAGGAGGGCUUCGAGACAUUCAUCGUUGACGAAGGCACGCGGGCAGUGGACCCGGAGGGCUGGCCGAAGGUUCGCCAGGGGCUUGAGGGCAAAGGUGUCAAGGUCGUGAGCAUGGAAAGUGCUGCAGUUCAGAGACUGAUGACGGCAUUCUAA